UACUGCAAUAAUGGAAGAAAUCUUACUAAACGACUCUGAUUAUUUCACUUUUGAUCACGAAUGGUCUCUGAUGAGUUUUUUAUUGUACCGCCAACGAUGUAUAGAUUUCGAAUUAGACAAACACAAAGAACACGAUCGAUAUGUCCGCAGACUUACAGCAGUACUUAACUGGGAACAAUCAUCUAACGACGCGAUUAAAUUAGCUAAAUAUGCGAUUAAUGAAUUACAUAAAGAAAAGAAAUCCAAAUCAAUCGAUAUGUUCUGGGAAAGUGUUAUGUUGGCAGAAAAUCGAAAAAUGAUAGCUAUAUCUAAGCGCGCAGUUCUAACGGAAAAACAAACUACUACAGUUACUCAGUCAGCUUUCAAACAAGAUUUGAUUAAUCAUGAUAAAGAGAAUACAGAUGACAACUAUUCGCGUAAGCGUGAACAUACUUCAGAAGAUGAAGAAGAUGAGGGAGAAGAACAUUUAAUUAAAUGGAAUCUUAGACCGCGGAAAAAAGCAAAUUAUGUAGAUGUUUCAAGUUCUGACCUAUCGGAAAAUUAUCCUCAAGAAAAUGUGACCUUAAAAGUAGAUGAAUACAAAUCGAAUGAACAAGAAAAUGACGAUCAUGAAGAUACAGAAAGUCUCGAAGAAUUACAUUUAUCUAACGUUGCGUUACCACUCAAGAUUCACUUACAACAAACAUCAUUGUCAUCUGUUUUGAAAAAAUAUUGUGCAAAAAAAACAACCUCGCCAUAUGAUCCAGCCCACAGUUUCAUUAUAGAUUUAUCAUCAUCAUCGAAAAUAAAAGAUGAAUUCAGUAACGAAUGGUGGUCGGAGUUUUUGAAAAGAAGGCCUGAGGCAGUAAAAAAAACCUAUCAUUAUGAAAUCGAACCAUUUAUUAUUCAUUUAUUUGAAAAUAAUAUGGACUUAUCUCAAGCCCGUUUGAAGUGGUAUGAACUUCGAAAUGUGGCUGCUCCUACCUACAAUAAUGAGUUUUCAUAUGCUGAAAACGACUGGGAAAAAAUAAGGCGCUGGAUUGAACGAGUAAUAGGGCAAUUUCUCGAUGCAUUCGAAUCAUCUAGAAAUCCGCUACAAAAUAAUUGUCUUGAACGUGAAUGGACGGGAGAUUAUAUCAUUCCAUUAAUACAGGGAGUAUUAAAACUAGAUGGUAUAUGUUAUAUCCCAUGGGGAGAAAUAUCAGUCUUAGCAACUCAAUAUCGUCGCAAUAACGAGAAGGAUAUUUAUAUGGAAAAAGUAGCCAGAAGUCAUCUGGCUGAUUUAUUAUGCAAAUACGAGCAGUAUGAAAUUGUUUGCGGGUUAAUAUGUGGUGGUCCACUUUCCUAUGAUAUAACCAAACAUUCGUUCGACCAAUUUCAUUUAUCCCGAAUGAUGAAAGAUAUGUUGGACGAUUUAGAAUUAAAAUUUCUUAAUUCUGGAAAAGAUGGAUUAAAACUGUAUACAAUUGGAAUACAGACACAUAUGACAGAAGUAAAUGUCUACUUGAUUGAAAAACGCGAGGUAUAUUUUCUCCAUCACCUAAAAUCUUUUAAUCUACCGCUUUCAUUCUCUGCAUAUCAAAGCUUAAAAGGCGCAUUAAGAGUAGCAUGGAAUAUCAGGGGAUUAGUUAAUUCUCUUAUUCAGAAAUUUGACGUUAUUUUUGAUAAUAAUGAUGGGUUUAAAACUCCACCAAGUGUGUCGGACAAUAAGAAAACCCAAGAAACACCGCCAAAACAACCAAAGAAAAAAGGAGAAAAAGGAAAAAAUAGA